AUGAAUAAAGUUCAAUGUACUGAUCAACAUAGUAGUUCAGACUCAAAUCGCCGUAAUGUAAAUUCGAAGAGUACCGUAGGAACUAAAGUGAGAAAGUAUAACACUGAAUAUUUACAAUUAGGAUUUACAUUUGCUGGGACUGAAGAUGAACCAAAACCACAGUGUAUUAUUUGCUUGGAGAUCUUGUCCAAUGAAAGUAUGAAACCUUCCAAACUACGACGCCAUUUUGAGACUAAACAUGGCGAAUUUACUAGUAAGUCGUUGGAUUUUUUUGUAGUCAAGUUAGGAGAAUUUAAAAAAUCACAAAAAGUGAUGAAAUCUUCGACAAGUUUAAGUGGUAAUAAAAAUGCCACUUUAGAUUCAUACGAAGUCGCUCAACUUGUUGCAAAAUCUGGUAAGGCUCAUACCAUAGCCGAAGAACUAAUUCUUCCUACUGCAAUUGUCCUGUGCAAAAAAAUGUUAGGUGAAUCAGCAGCAAAGUUGAUUAGUUCUGUCCCCCUAUCUAAUAAUACUAUUCAAAGAAGAAUUACUGAUAUGUCUGCAAAUAUUGAAGAAACACUAUUUACAAGGCUAUUUACAAGUGACAAGUUUGCAUUGCAACUAGAUGAAAGUACUGACAUAGCAAGUAAGUCAUCUAUGUUGGUUUUUGUCCGUUUUAUAUGGGAAAAACAGUUAUUUGAAGAUUUUUUGUUUUCAUGCGAGCUCCUACAUACUUCGGCAAAAGAUAUAUUUGAAGCUAUUGAUAAGUUUUUUACAGAUCAUGGCAUUAGGUGGGAAAAAUGCGUUGGAAUAACCACUGAUGGUGCAGCAGCAAUGUCAGGUUACACAACUGGAUUGUUGGGAAGAAGUUGCACCUCAAGUAAAGUGGACUCACUGUUGUAUUCAUAG